AUGGCGCACCUCCUCAAACACCACCGGCCACACGAUCCGCCCAUGGGCGUCAUCCCCGGCACCUACUGGGCCGACCUCCCCGUGCGCCAGCGCGUCUCCUUCGUGCACAAGGUCCAGAGCGCCGAGGCCAAGAGCGAGGCCAAGUCCGUGUGGCGCAUGAUGCGCGAGGACCCCCUCAGCCCCCUCGGCUGGUACGUCCGCAACGCCGUCCUGCCCGGCGCGGGGCUCGGUCUCGAGGGCUACGUGCUCUUCUCUAUCGGGAACCUCGAGCCCCUCUUCAAGGCGACGUGGCCCGAGUGCUGGGGCAAGGACCCUACCGUGUGCAGCCCCAACUGGAUCGCCAGCGUCACCUACCUCGAGGUCAUCGGGAUCAUGGUGGGCCAGAUUGGCGUGGGUUUCAUCGGUGACUGGAUCGGUCGCCGCUGGGGUCUUAUCCAGGAUGCCGUCAUCAUGUUUGUCGGUCUUCUCAUGCUCACCGCGAGCUGGGGCCUGACGUUGCAAGGCUGGGUCAUCUGCUACGCUUGGUCUCUCUUCUUCUACGGUUUCGGUGUCGGCGGCGAAUACCCCAUCACCGCCACCUCCUCCAUGGAAAACGCCGUCAGCGCCGGCAAGCUCUCCACCCGCGAAGACCGCCUCCACCGCGGCCGCAAAGUCACCAUGGCCUUCCUCAUGCAAGGCUGGGGCCAGCUCGUCAACCAAGGCCUCCUCAUGAUCCUACUCCUCUGCUUCCACCACGGCAGCGGCAACCCCCUUACAGCGCCGUCGCCACCCACUCGAGAUGGCCAAGCGCCGCAGCAACGUGACGGGCUACGACGUCGCCUCCUCAAGAUCGCCUGCCGCCAUUUCGGCGGCCGCCUGCUCGCCACCGCGGGUACCUGGUUCUGCAACGACGUCUUCUUCUACGGCAACAAGCUGUUCCAGGGCCAGUUCAUCGGCGUCAUCUCCCCGGCAGCACCAGCGUCAUGA